AUGCAUUGCUGUGCGUUUUCAAGUGUAUUUUGAUGAUUUUGUGUUGUUUUUUUCGUUUCAGUGUAUGCUUUUGGAUCGGCGGCAGCGUUGGCUGUGGCUGUGACGGCCAAUUGUGCCGUUGGCGAUCGGCAGAAUGUUCAAAGGUUAAAAUUCGAUUUGGUAAUAAUUCGGGUCCUGGGUGGAUUAGAAGAGCUGAGAAACUUCUUGGAACAAAAAUGAGCUCUAGAAUCUUCUUUUUGGGGUGGUUUGGACUUUGUCCGUUAUUAAAGGCGCAUGUAUGGGGACAGGGCGCGCGCUUCGAGCGGAAGGAUUCUGUAGCUUGGAGAAAGAUGCUACGACAAAAUCUCAAGUCCACAAUUCUUGAGAACCAUCUGUCUGUAAGCCUGUGUACACACAUCUCAAAAACCCACCACAAUGAGGUAUGACGGCGUUUUUGUUAGUGGGCGGAGUCAAAAUAUCCGCCGUUCCCACCUGACGUCAUGGGAACGACAGAGAUUUCGGCUCUGAAAGUGUAAAUAACAGGGCAUAUUAAAGGCGCAGGCCGCCGUAUUGCCAGAGGUCUUUGAGACGAAUCGAAAUAUUUUCUACAUAAACGCCAUUUUCUGCGCAAAAGAGGCGCAGUGCAUGCACACGACACACGAAACUUCACGGAGAAAAAGUAGGCGUGGCGUCGUCGAAAAAACGCCGUGGUGUAUAGUAUGUUCAGAUUUUGAAUGUCAAAUAGAAUGACGUCAUUUGAAAACGCUCUCUGAUUGGUUUAUCGCGCCAUUAGGGGCGGAGCUUGAGCGACGACUUGACAUUCAAAAUCUGAACAGACUAUACGUACACAGGCUUACGGUCCUCAAGAUUUGCGAACCCGAGCUUUUGUCGUACCAUCUGCAGAAAAGCUGGCAUGAAACAGGCUAUACAUUUUCUGACCUUCUGCCUUUCAGAGAGCGCAAACUGAGCAGAGCGAGUCACACGGCCGUCGAGAAACGACAUUCUGAGCCGCGGGUCGUCAGACCUCCGACCAAGCCGAAACAUGAUAGCCCUGGUUUUGAAAAUAAACAGAUCACCCAACAAAAAGUAUUUUCAGAACGCUCGAAAAAAGCGAAAAUCUUCAAGGAUUCUUCGAGGUUUAGCAUAUAAUAGGGGGAAAGUGAAAACUUCACUUUUUAUAGCAAAAAAGACAGAAAAGAGACGAGAAAGCCGAGAAGAGAGGAAUCGGACCGCAGCAAGAGCGAUUCGGACAGGAGGGAAAGACGAAGGGGAUCUUCCCGGGCUGUCGCGUCGGCUUUCAAGGAGGACAGGAAUAGGUUGGGCCCUUUUCCGGGGUUUCAAAUCGUUUGGAUGAAUAUUUAUCAUAUAGCUGAUUCACAACUGGCUUGAGCCCUCAAAAAAUGGGUCCUGACACGGUAAUAAAAGAGACAGUGCCUGGUUGGUAGAGAGCGCAGACAGGCCACGCCCCCUUAGCGCCCCAAGCUAGCCGUGAAUCGGCUAUAUUUAUCAUUGAUGAGUUCGGAAAAGGCUCCAUAGAAAUUUUCCCUUCAGGGUGUCAAAGGUUCUUUUUUGCUGCCUUUUUGCGCCAUUUCAUCGGCUCUUAUGCACCAUUUUUGCUGCCUCUUCCAUUCCAGAAUCCUUGAAUUUUUCAAAAAUCCGUUGACGAAUUUGGUAACUCUAUAUGAUCUCAAUUCCGAAUAUUUUCCACUUUUCAUAGUUUAUCGUUCACUCGACCAAUUUUCAGCAAGAAGUCUUCCAAGUCGCGGAAAUCCACCAAAUCGGCCAAGUCUUACCAUCGAAGCCCUGAGAAGAGCUACAAAGAAGCCCGGACCCAAGGAUCCCGCGAAUAUGACGACGACUAUCGUUCCCGGAAAUCUGGCAAAAGCGCAAAGUCGGGGAAAAACACUCCGGGUAGUACCAAGUCCGGCAAAAAGUCGAAAAUCUCCCCGGCCGCCCAGAAGAAAUUGGAGAAGCAAGAGUCGAAGGUGAUUAAGAAAUCGCGUAUUCAGGGAUUCCAGAGUGGUUCCUACAGGGGUUGAGGGGGAAACAGCCUUAUAGGGCCCAAAAAGUGGUCCCUAUAGGGGUUUAGGGUCUGUCCCUUUUACCCCCGUAGCUUAAGUGGUCCCUAUAGGGGUUAGAGGAGAGACAGUCUUAUUGGGGCCGAAAAAGUUGUCCCCAUAGGGUUUUAGGGUCUGACCCUUUUACCACUUUAGCUUGAGUGGUCCCUAUAGGGGUUAAGGGGGAAACAGCCCCAUGGGGGCCAAAAAAGUUGUCCCUAGCUUAAGUGAUCUUUCAACUUCAUUUACGAUGAAGGGGUUUUUUUUUCUCAGAAACCAGCUAUAUCCUCUGAAAUCCGUGAGUAACUUGAACUGGUCCAUUUUCGAAUUUUUCCUUAACGAAGUGAAAAUUUACUUUCUCUAGAAAGAGGCCAGAGACCAGCUGCAAAGCGCCGCCCUCAAGAUCAAGCAGGACGAAGUUCUGAGCAAGGAAAAGUCGAAAAAAGGCGAAAUCGAGCUGAAAGACAAGGCUCAUGUCAUGGAGAUCGAGCGCAAGGAGAACGAGAAACUCAUGAAGUUGGAGCGGAAAAGGAUGGAGGCUAAGUUGAAGGAGGAACGGCUCGUCAAGGAGAUGGAGCUGAAGCAGGAGGAGAAGAUGAUGAAGUUGGAGAGGAAACGAAAAGAAAAAGAGAUGGCCAGGCAGAUAAAAGAGCGGGAGAGAGAGGAGAAGCAGAGAGAGAAGGAGAUGAAGAAGGAGAAGGAGAGAGAGGAGAAGAAAAGGUGAGGGUUUUUCUUAUAUGUCAUACUAAAAAUGGCAAAAACCAACUAGGCAUAGGAUAGGAUUCAAACCUUGGAUACCAGAUUGACAGACGAGACUCUUAGCCGUUUUGAAGUUCCACGAGGCUUUCUGGAGUUUAUUAGUCAUUAUUUAUCUUGGUUACUUCCCUAUAGUCCAUUUUUCGCUACUUGAAAGGGCGGGACUUCUCUGCGCCCUCCUCGUCUCUCGACGUCUCUCUCAUGUUUACGUGCUUUUUCCAUGUUUCUCUGACCUCGCAGAUGAGGGAACAGAGAGACGCAGACACGCAAAAACUGUGAAAUCGCGGCGAAUUAAGUAUAUUUUUUUGUGUGGGGUGUUUAAAGGAGCAUGGAUGAUUUCCAUAAAGGUCUCUCUAAAAUCGGAUUUAAGCAUCAAAAUCAAGUGCAAAUCAAUUUUUUUUUACGUAGAUUCAAUUUCGAUGCUUUUUCGAUACCUAUUUGCUCAUUAUACGCAGUGGACCUGUACUCUGAGAGUUGUGACGUCAUUUCGUAUCAUUUUAUGACGUCAUUUGCUCCAAAAUAAGGUUAAAAAUGACGUCAGACCUUUUCUACGGCCAAGUUUGGUAUGUAGAUGAUUGAUAUAAUAUAAAACCUUCUCAAACCUCAGGGAGAGGUGGAUUUGAAAAAUAUAAAUUGAUCAACUUCUGAAUGAGACUAGGUUCACUAGAGGCAGUUUUUCACGCUGAUUCCAUAUCUGGUCUUAGAAUUUGUCACAGACGUCUGUGGAAAAAGUCCUCUCAGAAUGAAUUUUUUUGACUGAUCUGGAUUUUUACAAGUCAUUUUGGACCUCUUACUCUGAAGAAAAAAUGGCAAUCGGACAGUAGAAAUGGGGUUUUUUAAAUGAAUGCUCUAUUUUUUAAUCAUCUUUCAAGCUAGAAAAGGUACAGGAGUUUUUAUUUUUCCAAAAUCAAUUGAGAAAAAGUAUUUUGAAAAAAGUUUCUUGUUGAGGGUCAGGUGUGACCAUGUAUGUUUGAAAAUUUAAAUUUUUCGUUUUUCAGCCGCAAAGCCGCCAAAACUGCCUCGACCUCGAAAAGGUGAUAGUUUAUUCAAAAAAAAUUUUAACUGAAAAAAUUUUCCAGUCAUGAUAAAAACUGAGUCGACUGCAAAGACGUCCAGAGAAUCGUCAGUUUUUUUGAAAAAGUUCGAAAAAACCAGUCAUUUUCAGGCUGGACAGUGAGGCGAAGUUCAAUGCUCUCACGUGGGUUUUCCACCCUUUUUGAGAAUUUCCCCCAUUAAUUUGUCAAAUUUGUAUUUUUUGUUGGAUCAGCCGCGUUUUUUCAAAAAAAAAAACAUCCCUAAAACCCUUGGAAUAUGAAUUUUUAGGACCCAAACUGCAAAUACUCAUUCGCCGGCCACGUUCACCCCAACCACUACGGGCGCUCCUUCGAACACACAGUAAUAUUCUCGAAAAAAAAUUGUUCUUUGUUUUUAAGCUUCAAGUUUACUGUAUAACAAAUUCGCUAGGAUUUGAAAAAUUUCCGGUCGCAUUUGGAAUGGCUUGAAGCGCUGCGGAUCAAGUUAUACGACUACCAAAUUUGAUACAGAUCCGCGUAAACCGCCUCCAAGUCGGAUGCAAUUUUUAGGAAUUCUGAGCGUUUGGCCAUUCUCCAUGCGACCAAUUUUUGAUUCACAUUAGCUUAAAGCGCUUUAAAUUUGAAAGUCUCGACUUUUUUGCCCUAAACGAAAGAUUUUUAUUUUGUAAAACUGGAAUCGACAAGUUCAAAACGACUUGAAGUUCAAUUGAUCGCAUUUGGAAUGGCUUGAAGCGUUGCGGAUCGAGUUGAAAGGCUGCCUAUUUUGAUACAGAUCCGCGUAAACCGCCUCCAAGUCGGAUGCAAUUUUUAGGAAUUCUGAGCGUUUGGCCAUUCUCCAUGCGACCAAUUUUUGGUUCACAUUAGCUUAUAGCGCUUUGAAUUUGAAAAUCUCGGCAUUUUUGCCUUGGAAAAGAAUUUUGCUUUGUAAAACUGGAAUCAAAAAAUUUUCAUCGACUUGAAGUUCAAUUGAUCGCAUUUGGAAUGGCUCGGAGCGUUGCGGUCGCGCUGCGUAGCAAGUUAUAAGGCUGUCAAUUUUGAUACAGAUGCGCGCAAACCGUCUCCAAGUCGGAUGCGAUCUCAAAAAGACCGCUUCGCAGCCGCCACGCGUUUGGCUAGAGACCGCAGAGCCACGCCCCUUUUUGCGAUGGUGAAAUGCACUGGUUUUUUAGAUUUCGUGUUUGAUUUUUUCGUAAAAGCGCAAUACUGAAACAAACACAGAGAAACUUGGUGGAAACAUAGAGAAAACUCUCCUCUUUAAUCUGAUAUACUUUUCACCGGAUUUUCGAAGCGUUUUAGCGGAGUGUCGUACAAAAAACCAAAACUACUUUUUUUUCUUCGGGUUUUUUUAACCUAGUUCCAUGUCGUUGGCGCCUUUUUUUAUUUUCGAAUUCGAUUCUUAAGUGAAAAAAAUCUUUUAAAAACAAAAAAAUUAAAAUUUUUACGGUGCCUAAUCUUCGUGAGGCCGCGCAAAGUUGAAAAAUGUUGUACUCGGUUUUCGAGAGCGGUUAAGUAAAAAUUUUUUUAUUUUUAACUUGUGGAUUAAAUUGUAACUAAAAAUGUUAUUAGUAUAAAACUUAUUGCGAAAACUUUGUUUUCUGAGAAAAAAAUAGACAGUGAAAAUUUCGAAAUUUAUUUUAACAUGGUUAGAUGUCGUUGGCGCCUUUUUUUAUUUCUUAAAUAUCAGCGUAUCUCAAUUUUCAAUCAAUUAAAAAAAUAAAAUAAAAAUUUUAGCGGUGCCUAAAAGUUUAAUCAUUGUUAACUUGAAGCCAACGUUUAAAAUAACAAAAAACAACGAAAAAGGAAGCAUUUUGAACUGAAUCUCUAUGAAUAAAUUAUUUUUAGGUGGUCCGAACACACGUGACUAAUAAUUGUUCAACUAUCAUAACUUUUUUUAAAACAAGAUAGUCGGUAAAUGCUGUACUUUGAGGUGAAGUGGUGUAUAGCGCGAACGCCUCUUAUCUCCGAGGGAUGGACGUGGAGCAGCGCAAGUGCGCUUGCAUGAAGUUUUGAUAUCGCGAGUUCAAUUCUCGCAGCGGCCAUCAAGAAAAAAAUAGCUUUUCUUUUUCAAACUUGUGGUUUUUAUACCGUUUUAAUAACUUAUUACGACUUUGAAAACCGGAAUAAACUACUAAAAAAAUUUAAAUCCGAUAUGAAAAACACAAUGAACGACCAAAAAGUGUAAAAUCUAAACUUUCAGUACUAAAUUUCGCGACUUUUUUUCACUACUGUUUUGACCAUAACUUUUUCUCAACCUUUUUCGAAAAAAACUAAACUGUUUUGAAUAGUAAAUUAGAGCAGCUAUCCAACCAUAGUAAUAUUGAAGUUCGAACAAUUUUUUGAAAAUUCGUCUGCGGUCCCUACGUUUGGCCAUUCCCCACGCGGCCGUUUUCUGAUUCAAAUCAGUUUACUGCAAUCAACAUUUGGAACAUUUGAAAUGUAUUAGGAUAGGCUUGAAGCGUUUUGAAUCAGGCUAUAAGACGGCUGGUUUUUAUAGCUAUGAGAUCGGGUGUAAUUUUAUGGGGGCCGCUGCGCUUUUGGCCAUUCCCCCUGCGACCAGCUUUAAGAUUGAAAAUUCAAGCAUUUUAGCCCUAAAUGGCAGUUUUUUGUAUGUAAAUUAGAAUGGUCUCCGUUUUCCAGUACCCAAUCGCCAGCCACCUUCACUCCGAUCACUACGAAGGACCCUUCGAACAAAAAAAGUGACUUUUUUUCGAAGAAAUUAAUUUUGAAUGGGUUUAUCGGACAAAACCAAGACCCUUUCAAUACUUUUUUUGAUCCAUUAACCGUUUAAUCGAAUCGAAUUAUUAUCUUUUUUUCUGUAUAGGUCGACGAAAACUGACCCGAGACGCGACCGUGAGUCGUCAUUAAAGUCGAGGUUUUUUUCAUGUAAAAAAUCGGAAAUUAUUUUUUUUUUUAGUGUUAUGACAAAAAAGAGUGAUCUGAAAACGGCGGCUGAGGAUGAUACGCAGAAAAGGUGAGAAAAAGGCUUUAAAAAGGAGUUUUUCGAGUCGAAAAGUGAAGUGAAUUGAAUGUUUCGGAUUUCGAGACCAGUUGAAUCACGGUGGAAGAAAAUGCCAAACAAAAAACGAAGUGGGCGGGGUCAAAUCCUCUACCGUUCUCAUGUGACGUCAUAUGAAGCGCAGAGAUUUCGGCUCUUAUACCGUAAAUAACGGCUUAUUAAAGGCGCAGGCCACCGUGUUGCGAUAGGUCAUUGAGAAGAAUUGAACUCUCACUUUUUUCUGCGCGAGAGCGCCGCAGUGCUUGAACACGACACACGACACUUCACGGAGAAAAAGUGGGCGUGCCGUCGUCGAAAAAAACGCCGUGACUCGGGUUCUCUAAAAAUUCAUGUUGCUUUUUUUGAGCUCAUAGUUUUACCACAACAGAAACUAUUAGUUCAAGCUAUGACAGGCUCCGCCCCUUUUUAGAAUUACUGUAGCCAGAAAAUUUUGUUAUGAACUUUUUAUAGUCUAUUUAUGGCUAUUAGAAAAAAAACCUCUCUGCGCCCUCCUCGUCCCUCGACGACCCUCUCAAACUGACAAUCUAUUUUCAUGUUCCUCUGACCUUGCCGUUUAUAGACAGAGAGACGCAGACACACGAAAAAUUUCAAGGGAAACCGAGCUCUAAAUGAAAUUUUUUCUGUUUUUCUUCAAUUCUCUAGACUGCCGUGAAACCCUCUCUUUAUUGCACACUAUCUCGCUUAUCGUGACAGGACCCUUUUUGGGAAAAUUUGCUGAUGUUUCGAAUUUUUGGCGCUGAAUGAUACGCAGGGAAAGUGAAAAAUGUUAAAAGUUUUUUUGUCUUGGAAAUUUAUUUUCGCUUUGAAGGUCAACGAAAACGAAUCCGAAACGUGACCGCGAUUCGUCCCUCAUGACUCCGAGGUUCUUUUUUUCGAGCUUUAUUGAUUUUUUUUUUUUCGAAUAUCGUCUAUUUAAAGUUUCCUUGAAAAGUUCUGAAAAAUCUCUGAGCAAAAAAUAAUUUUUUUAAUUGAUUAUUUCAGUGUGAAGACGUCGAGAUCCGACUAUAAACCGCCGGAAAAAUCGACCAAGACGAGGUUGGUAAGAUGAGCAAUGCUGAGAAACUAUUUGAAACUUGCGAAAUUUCAUCAUUUCAGUAUCGCCGGCACGAAAUCGAGCAAAGAGGAUGCUCAGAAAAAAAUCGAGGUUUGUGGAAAUUUAUUGAGAAUUUAGAAGGAGAAGAAUUUUUUUAGAGGAAAUGA